GCAUGUGAACGAACUCUACAUAUACAUGUUAUGCUUUGGCAAAAUGGCUGAUAAUUGACUAUGUGUGGACUCCUAUUUGUUUUCCGAUCACACUCAGCACAGUAUUUAGUUGGGAACAUUCCUUGUAUUAGUCUGUGCAUUUGGACUCCAUAGAUCGUAUUAUCUGUGCUCGAGAGGCAGUUGCAUUGCGUUUGCGGAUAGUGUGAUAUUAGACGCCAUUUGUAGUGGAGUUAGGUGUGUUAUUCGGAUUAUUGUGUAACAUUUGCGUGGAUUUUCAUUUUGUUGUGAUUUUACCUCAAGUGAAACAUGGGUAGAAAGAAGAAGAAGCAAUCGAAACCAUGGUGUUGGUAUUGUAAUCGUGAAUUUGAUGAUGAAAAGAUUCUAAUUCAACAUCAAAAAGCCAAACACUUUAAAUGUCAUAUAUGCCACAAGAAAUUGUAUACUGGUCCUGGUUUAUCAAUACAUUGUAUGCAGGUACACAAGGAAACAAUUGACAAAGUUCCCAAUUCGCUACCAAAUCGCUCAAACAUAGAGAUUGAGAUCUAUGGAAUGGAGGGUAUUCCACCAGAAGAUAUCAAGGAACAUGAGCGCCAGAAGCAAGGAAAGCAAAUACAAGGUGGCAGGCCAGGCUCACCCAGCAGUGGUGAAGAUGAACCAGCUCCUAAAAAGGCCAAGCCAGAAGGGUUGCUUGGUAAUGGCCCUGGACCUGGGGGCAUGAUGCAAGGAAUGAUGCCUCCACAGGGCCCCAUGCAUCAUCAUUCUAUGGCACCCAUGGGGCAGUUUGGUCCUUCCAUGGGUCAUCAUAUGAUGGGCCCUAUGGGACCACCCAUUGGACCACCUUUUAUGGGACCUGGAAUGCCUAUGAUGGGGCCAAUGGGGAACAUGGGUGGCCCUCCACAAAUGAACAUGGGCAUGAAUCCCGGCAGCAACCAACCCCAGCAGAAUAAACCAUUGUUCCCUAGUGCAGCAACGGCUGCCACAACAACGGCCUCUGCUCCAGUGGGGGCAGAUUUCAAACCGAUCACUUCGACUGUCAGUACGCCGAUUGGCCCUGUGAAACCUACGUUUCCUGCAUAUAGUACCACAAGCUCAUCGAGCAGCCAGAGUUCAACACCAGUUACUUCCAGCAGUGAUACCUCCCAGAAGGUGGCACUUAUAAAUACAACAGGUGCAUCCAGUAAGAUUAUUCAUCCUCAGGAGGAUAUCUCACUGGAGCAAGUGCGUGCCAGGAUAUCCAAGUACGAGCGCCAGGCUCCAGUGAAGACCGUUGAUUCCUCCACCUCAACUCCCCAACCUCAAGUAGAAGAAGAACGACGCGCAGUGAUGCCCCGCUAUCAGCCCCGACCCGCUAUGGCCGUGGCCGCAGUACCAGUUUCUGUGGCCGCCAUCGCUCCACCUGUGAGCAGUGUGACGAUCAUGUCUCCAAUGGCUGGCCCUCCUAUCAUGAGACAUGCCAUGCAUUUGGGGCCCCCUGCUGCCAUGCUAGGAGGUAACAUGAACAUGAUGCGACCGCCCCCAAUGGGGCUUCCUCCAGGUUUGAUUGGAGCAUUGCCGCCAGGUGCCAUGCAUCAUUAUGCUGCCCCACAUAUGGCUUUCCCUGGCCCCCCCAUGCUCACGCCCAUGAUGCACCCACGCUUCAGAUGAUCAGGUUUGUUGGGGGGGCUGUGGCUACUGUGGUCUGAUGGGCCCUAGGUUGGCAACCUCUUGUCUCUGCACCAUAUGUACGGUCAGUCGUCCCACAUCUUCCUUCUAGUUGGUUUCUCCAAUACAGUCACGUGUGGCUGGCCAUUGUAAGAAAUUAUGUAUUGCUUUUUUCUUAAGUUUCUCUGUGGACAUUCUUAAGCAUGGAUCACAUUGAUUUGUUCUAGGACCUGCUUGAAUUGGGAUCACAUGUAGCUAAAUUGUAUCAGGUUUUACUUUUGUGCAGACACUAAAAUAAUAUUUCUACAUAGUUUUAUUGCAGCAUAUGGGAUCAAGGGGGGAGAGAAGCAGGAACUAUGUGAUUUCUAGGUACUGGAAGGUAGAGUGACAUAACACUUGGGCAGUCAGCUGACGGUAGUGUCUAGGCAAGUAAAGUUUGUAGUGGUAUGAACAUUAUAUAACUUCUGGUGAGAACCAUGUCAGAUGGUUGGUGUUAACAAACAUGUCGGCAGUGUUUGCUGAAACAGUGGUUAACACCGUACAUCUGAUGCGGCUCACGACCGAAAGUCGAAGUUGUACGUUGAACUCCGGCUGCAAAAACCUACAGAAAAGGUAUGAACGUUGUUUAACCACUGUUUACCAAAAUCAAAACAAAAGUGUCUUUUGUGUUUUAAGCAUGUCUUCUGAGGAUUAAGUGUAUAAGAACUUGUUGUUUCUGUAAAAUUUCUGCCACAGCUGUUUCUAAAUUAAAGAACUUGUAAUAUGGUGGGAACCUGUAAAACUGUCAGCAUAUUUCCAUAUCAGGAAUGAAGUUUCAAAAUAUGAAUUGCCUAUAUAUCAUUCAGAUUCAUAUAUGACAGUAGGUGGGAGCUACACUGUUAUUUUGUCUGAAUAUAUCUUGCGUUUACUUGUCCAAAGUUCAACACCACUAGUAGCAUGUGAAGUGUGUUCUCACAACUUGACAGCAUUGUGGAUAUCCCACUUUCUUAAAAUAUAUAUAUUUGUAGCUAAAUGUGAUACUUCUUUUCCAUUUUCAAGAUGGCUGUCUUCUGGAUUAUUGUGCCAUGUAGUCUGGUAGAAGUUUACUGACGUUUCAGCGGUCCUUGCUGCUUUGAUCAUUGCCCUGAAGUUGGAGGCAGCAAAGACCUCUGAAACGUCAGUAAACUUCUACCAGACUACAUGGCACAAUAAUCCAGAAGAUAGCCAUCUUUAGACUCACUGCCGUGAAAACCUCAAAUCCUACACACCAACAUUUUACUGCAAUUAAAGAAACACUUGAAAUGCUCCUCCCCCCCAAAAAAAUUGUGUAUAAUUAUUAAGUAGUAGCCACCCACUUCCUGUCUUGUAGGUAUCCUAGAAUAAACAGUAAUUUUUACCAUUUUGAGAUUGUGGUACUCCAUUGAAUAUGGUUCAUCAAGAAAAUGUUGAGUUACAUAUCUGAUGAAGACCUUGGUUUUUAUUAAGAAUUAUCUUUUUCAUUAACUUUCAAAAAUGUUGUAAAAGCAAGUCAUAAGACCUUUUUUUUAAAUAAUGUUUUGUCACUUGCUGUGAAUGCAUAUGAUUUAAUAACUUAUAUACAAAUGUUCUUUUCCUCCCUGUGUGACUUAAUUUUAAUUGAAUCUCGGAUGAGAACAUGCAGUUUUCAAGUAAUUACAUUGUGUAUCAUUCCUGAUAAAAGGUGCAUGCUGAAAAAAUGGAAGAAUGCAAAGAAGUUGAUAUUGUUCUUUCAUCGUUUUAUUCACAGCCAAAUACUGUUCAGUUGUUUAAAAAUAUCCUGCUGUUGAAUCCUCUAAACCUCUCAGUCCACUAUAAAAGAGAAAUAUUAAAAAUAAACUUCAUUCCCAAAGAGUAAUAUAAUUUGGUUUUAUACUUCACAGUAAUUUUACCUAGACUUUGUAAAGUAAUUUAGAAAUGGGAGAAUUUUUAUCAGCUGUUGCCACAAAUGUAAUGAAUUACCAUUUUGAAUUAGGUUUGUAGAUGGAUAAAUCAACUCACGCAUUCUAGAGCUAGGAAUUGCCAAAGUGGAAAUGAUUUUGUUCAGUUUGUGUGAAUUUCUUUGAUUCUGUUUUACAUUUAAAUAACAGAAGUUUGUUGAUGACUGUGGGCAUGAAUUUUAUUUGUGAGGUAAUUUUGCCAUUGCCACACAUGGAGUGAUUCUGAUUCUUUCAUCCAACAAUAUAUUUUGUCAUUUUUACGUAUUUGCUUCAUGACUUAUCAAUUUGUGAGAGACGCACUCUUCCAUCUGCCAACCUAUGGACUAUAAUGUCAUUGUUGGAUGGGAGUUGCUUGAAUUAAAAUCUCAACAGCAACAGUGAAAUGAUCAGUAACGUAAUGUAUUGAAGAAACUUUGUUGCAGUUGUUUUUACAUUGUCAUUGACUUUGUAAAGGAAAAAGGAAUGCAAAAAUUUAACUUAGUGGUAGUCACAACCUUGCUGCCUGAGUGCUGUAUUGGAGUUGGUUGGUGGUAAUGAUGUGUCGUGUUCAGUGCUGAUGAGAAAUAGUUUGGAAUAUGGUAGUAAAUACGUGUGCCCAUUUGGUUCUCUGUUUUCUCGUCAUGUUAUGUUGCAAGGCUGUCCACCACUAACGUGCAGUUGCCACAGCAAGUCGUACGAGCAAGUAUGUGCUCUGUAUAAUGUUGAUGUGUGGUGAUGAACACAGAUUGUGUGUCUUGUGGCACAGCUAUCAGCAUGAACUGUUCUUUAUUGAGGGCCUAGCGCGUCGUCCGCGUCACCCGCCUCUGCGCAGGUAAAGCAGACACUUUCUACUGUAGGGUUGUCAAUCGAUUGAAUUAUGUAAUAAUUUUAGGUUGAGUAGUACUUUGUGUAGUGAUCAAUAACUUUACUAUAGUUUUUGUUUGGAGAUUUCAUUUGUACCAUCUCAUGUAUUGGUUCAGAAUUCUUGGUGGUGAUUAGGUUUUGUACUGUGUCCAGUACCUUAUGUGUCGAUAGACAACCCUGUUUUUUAAUCUUAUCUACAGUCAUAUAGCAUCAUCCUGUACUGGUAUAGAACUUCAGGUUAGUGUGGCAAGCCUUAUUAAUACAACUUACCCUUUGUCUGUACACUAGCAAAGAAGGUAAGGUUGCUCUGAAGAAGAAUAAUACAUUUCUAAGCUUCUUUGGGACUGCAUUCUACCUAAUAGUGUGAUAUAAUAAAAGGUUGAAACUAGAUACAUGUUAUUUUACACUGGAAUAGUUAAUGUAGAUUUUAGUGGAAUUUUGGCUGAUCCAGUCUGGGCGUUCUUUUAUUAAUUGUGACUUCGAGACGUGUUGGUCCAUUUCAGUAAUGAUUUACAAGGACAGAACAUAACACUCUGGGACUGACUAGUUUUUCUAAGAACUAAAAAUCAUACCAAUUGAACAAAUUCCUUUCAGAGUACUUUUUAAUCCUUACUGAACACAAUGGUUCCAUUGGUCGUUUCGCUCGUUAAAGCACUUGGUAUUCAGAUUUUCAAAUGAUGUUUAAUUGUUUCACUUUGGAGGGUGUCUUGCACCUUCUGAAAUCUGUUCCCCCUUUGGGUACUCAGGAAUCGAGGAAUAUUAAGUAAGGCGAGUGGAAAACCAGUGGAAUGUUGUGCUCCGUGUACAGAGUGUCUAGCAAACAAAGUGCAGUUGAGAGUUUCUUCUGCAAAUGGAGUUAAGCAUUUUGUAGGUUUUGUGGCCAUGUUGCUAACUUUCACACAGAACGUGAUGCACACACAUUAUUUCAUAAUGUUAGUCAUUUCACAAUGUGGUGUAGGCUAUGAAGUUUUGCACAUGACAAUGUAAACAGGUGCAAACAUUGAUUUAUUGUCAGUCUGAGAAUUUUAUGAUUUGCCCUUGUAUGUAUCUUAGUUUGAAUAAAUCAUAUACAUUGACUUUUUCACAAUGUUUUAACUGCUUUCACCACUGGAUUAAUAUCAGUUGAAGAAAUUGGCAACUUUUGAUGGGCCACUCUUGCUAAUUAUUUUGCCCUUUAAAUAUCCUCACUAACCUUGCAUCUAAACAUGUAGAGUUGUUGGUAAAAUAGAUUACUCUGGCAGGAGUUUCUUGUUUUCGGUUUUGCAAUGCUUUUGUAUCAUGACCUCUGCCAUUGUUAGAUUGUUGGAUGUUGCGUAUUGUUAUACAGGAAAGAAGUUUGUGUCCACUUCAGAAAAAAAAUAUGCCAUUGGUAUCAGGAUGCUGUCAUCUUUCAGUAACUUGUCACAUUUUUACAGCAAUCUUAGGUGGUUGGUUUUUGAAAUAUUUAAAUAAAUUGUGCUUUUGUUUUUGAAAUUUCACAAGUCAUAUAUUUCAAGAAAUCACUGUUCAGUAUCAUUCCAUACACAGAAAUCAUCUGUUGAAUAAAAAAGUAUUUUUGAUUCUGUCCAGUAAGAUGCUUACAUUGUUGGGCUAGUAAUGUUUUGAGUUCAAGAAAAAAUGUUCAUGAAAGUUCACAUUCAUGUUACCUUAUCCUGCUUUAAAAGCAUUGUAGACAUUCAGUGAAAUGAAAACUACUGGCUUUAUCUUUUAUACUAAAGGAUGUGAACUGAUGUGUGUGCUUGCUCUGCAGUUGGUGUUGCAGUGUAAGUAAGUGGCUUAUGGAUUGGUAAAACAUUAGUUCAAAGCUGUGGCAUUUAGUGGAGGUAAUGCUGUGAAUUCUAAUUUCGUUCACUGUUGGAGUCAUCUCCCCCCCCCACCCCAGUAUAAAUUUGUAAAUUAAUAUUUAUAAUCACAUAAUAAUUUUUACUAGACUUUAGAAAUAUUUAAAUGUUGAAAGGUUUAAUAUCUUGACCCUCUAACUUCCCAUAUGUAGCAAUUUUUCUGCAUUUUUAUAUGGAACAGAGGCAACAGAACUUUCUUGUUAUAAAAUGACAACCAGUACAGUUUCAGCACAAAAACACUUCUGGUCCACACAGUUAAGUUACAGAACAACAUACCAUAUUUUAUCUCAUAAUUAAUGACAAAUGUUAUUAGGUGUUAUGUAAUCGCUAGUUACUCUGAUUGUAUAAUCUCUAUAAAUUUCUUUAGAAUUAUUAUGGAUUUUUUAUUUGUAACUGAAGUACUCAGAACAUUUUUCUUUUCUUUUUAUUUCCCAAUUUUGAUAUAUUUGCUACCUUUCUGUGAGUUUAUGACAUUUACCUAAUUGCAUGGGCAAAAAUCAGUUUCCAAUGUGAUGUGAUUUAGUAUUUCUCACUGCUUUGAUAGAACACAUAAACACACAGAUCAGUGUUGCCAAUGAAGCAGAGGAAUGAAUAUAUCUGAAUCACAAAAUGACAAUAUGGCGUAUAGCCAUAGUAUUUGCUAUGGUAGUGAACAUGUUAAGUUUCUGGGAGUUCAGUUCACAUUAUUUGUUUUCUUCUUCCUACUUAAUUUGCCCAAGAGGGAGCUUAUCCUCCAUGUUUAUAGUAGUGGAAAGGAGGUUUCCUGCUGUGGUUUGUUUGUCAGCAAACAGUGUAACUUGGUCGGCAAGAAAAUCUAAUAAUCAGAAGAAUUAAGAAGAUAGUGGAUUGUUUACUCUGGUUCUGCUUUGUAAUAUGUUGUAUACUAAAAAGAUUUUUUGAAAACUUUUUGUUGUGACUUUGGAAUUGGAAUGGGUGAACAUGAGCUGGAAGCAUGGCUGCUGUCACUGUGAAAUCAGUUUUGAUCAAAUUGCCUGCCAUACUUUGCAUGAAUGAGAGAGGUCUUUUGAGUCUUCAGAAUUUCUUCUGCCUGGGUAUCUCUCAGCUUAGAGACAUGUCCAACUGCUAGUGAAAUCUACAACAGGUCGUCAUCCGCAUUUUUGAGCGUGAAAUAAUGGACAGAGAUAUUGAACUUAUUAGACCUUCAGGAUUACUAAAUUUCUGGACUUUGUCCAUCGUUUAAUAUUCAAAACAACGUUUCAGAAACUGAAUCUCUUUCCAGAGUGUCUUAUUACGAAUACCACAUGAAGUACAAAGUCCAAGAAUCCCAAGCGUAACACCAUUGUCAGAACACUUUAAAAUUGAAUCAUUAGAUCUUUGCACAUAAUUAUUCAUUUAUUUUGUCUUCUUUCAGUUCCAUUUAGAUUCUCUUUUGCUUCAUGUUUCAUAUUCUUUUAUUUUGUUACUUGGAUGUUUUCAGUUGCAUGGAAGCAACUAAAUUAUCAUUAUUGCAUUGGAGGAAAGCCAAAUCCUGGCAAAGGCGCCAUAAUUGUUAUGCUGUGCUUGUAUUUCUUAACUAGUUUGUAUCACUUUUGCUGCCUGUUAUGUAUUUAUUUGAGCAUUAUUUUUAAUUUUGAGUUAAUUGGGUUGUUGUUUAGGGUGUGUUGGUAUGUUGAUUAAAGGUAGAUAAUAUAUGGGAGCAACUGUGUGACUGCUUUGAAAGCUUGAACUUAAAAGGAUGCUUAACAAAGGUGACCCCACUGAACAAGUAUCUGACCGUAACUGCUAGUGUUACUGUUGAAAGUAUUAUGGUUCAUUAUUUUGUAUCCAGUUGAAAAUCGUGCUGCUGUUCAAAAUGUUUAAACUGACUUCUUCCUAUAGCCUGAAUUCUUUUGUAUCUUUAUCUCCGUGUCUUAGCCCUUGUGUCAUUUUCUGUCCCCUUUCCUGAAAGCUAUAACAAAGUAGGUGAGGAGAUGCAACAUUGUUUGUAAGCUGUGUCCCAGUUGCUUCAGAAUGAUCUUGAUAGUCCAGAAACAAAACUGUUAAACUGUAGGGACAUAGUUCAGCAGUUCAAGACAAAGUAUUUAGGUCUGGAUGUACCUUAACUAUAAUACUUGUUCGGACUCGUGUGCCUGCAGCGUGGUUGAUCUUUCACAAUUUCAUAAUUAUUUACCCCCCAGUUUCCUGUUGAUAUUUGUAAAGUUACAACAGCAAUUUCGAAGUUUGAAGUUUUUCCCAGCACUGAAAAUGUGGAUUUUGCUCUAUAUUCUUGUAACCUCCUGCCUACAAGACCACAUUAAACAGUACUUUAAUUUUACUGCAUUUUGAAAUAAUAUUCUUCUGAGUACAAACAUUAAGUUGGCAGUUGUAGCAUUGCAGGUGUUAUUGCUUCAGUCAGAUCUGAAUAAUACAAUAUACGCUGAUGAAGCAAGGCAUAAGAUUUUUAAUUCAUGUUUAUUCCCGAACUAGGUAAGCACAAUGUCUGUGCUCACAUGUCAAAACAAAAGCCUACGGAAUUGUUGCAGAGGUUUCAAUGUGCUACAUCAAAUGCAUUCAUUUCAGUUCAGGUGAUGUGACCUUAUGCUACACACUCAGUGAAUCAUGCUAAAAUUUCAAGUAUUAAAGAGAGAAUUAUUAUCUGAAUUCUCAGCCAGUAUUUUUCUUUUUCACCUGUGUGAAUUGGGUUUGCAAGGUUCAAGCACAGCACUCAGAAUUUUGCAAAGGUGAAAAAUAAAUAUCAGGUACAAUACAGAAGGGAACUGCUUAUGCAGUGUUGUAUUCUUGUGUUGUCGGCAUCUGUUCAGAAUAAAACUGUGAUAUGUGGGAGUAGAUUGAUAAUUCAUAUGCUCUCAGAUUCUGUCCAUAUUUGAAUGUAAGCAACAUUAAUCUAGGUGAGCACUUGAUAUCACUCGCCAUGACAUCUGGCCUAAGCAACAUUGCAUAUGGCUUGUUGAUGGCCACUUUUACUGCUCUGUGAGCUGGUUCUUGACUACUGAGGAUUGACCUUCAUUGCAUUUAUAUAUGUAUUAUACAGCUGUUCUGUGUUCUUCCAUCAUAUCAGUCUAUUACAGUGGCUUACUGCACAAGAAGACUUCACUUCAUUCAGUCUCACUGAUGAAUGCUCCUUUUGCAUUUGUCAUUAAUUGAAAUUUGUUAGAAUGAGAAUGAAAACUUAAUGUUGCUUCUCUUAGAACUAAUCAUUAAAUAUUGGAGUGUCACUUGUAUACAAUUACAUAUUGGGAUCUUCAAAGUAAUUUAGAAGGGGGUAGACUGAAUUCUCCGAUAAACAUUUUGUUAUAAUUACUCUUGAAUGUGAAUAUUUGGCAUUGUUUUCAAAAUAUCUUCCAUAAAGUACUGCAUUAUUCUAAUUUUUAAUUUUGUCGCAAAUUUAAUUGUAACAAAAUUAUCAUGGCUGUCUUUGUAAGGUAGGUGAAACAAAGCCAAACAACUGGAAAUUUGUAAUCUGCUGUUGUGUUUUAUUGUAAAACAAAGUUAUGUUCUUUUCCUUCUUAAGGCCCUUGAUUUGGUCAGCUGCCUUCAAGAUAAUUUCUUUCCUAGUACAUUAUUUUCUAGCAUUGGGUGUAGGGUUGCAUUACUUUUCAUGGAAAUUGCAGUCUGUGAUAUUAGUGAGCUGACUGAAUCAGAGGUUAUGUUUGGUAGCAUGAAAGACAGGUGGUGGCAAUGACCAAUCAGCCAGUGUGACAGUCUGGACCAAGUCCAAAGGUAGUACCAACAAUCACAGCUAGAGGUAGCUGUUGGACUCGUCAGUCCCCUGUCUUCCCGACAGGCGAUUGUAUUUUGUAUAUAUCACUCGCUCACGUGUCUCAGCCAAUCACAGCACGUUGCUGUUGGACUGUUGUCAGUCCCCUGUCUCCUGACAGGCGAUUGUAUUUUUUUUGCAACAACCAAUCACAGCAUAGAGCUGUUGGACUGCCAUUAGUCCCCUGUCUUGAAGGCAGGCGAUUGUUUUUUUGUUUUUUUCCACAAGUGACCAAUCACAGCACCAGCUGCUGUUGGACUGCCAUGCCAGUCCCCUGUCAUCAUUGACAGGCGAUUGUUUAAUUAUUCAUCCAAUCACAGCUUGUUGCUGUUGGACUUAUCAGUCCCCUGUCUCUGUUUACAGGUGAUUACAUUUUAUCUCAUCUGCUUUUCCACUGUCAUGUCAAUUAGAAGUUAAUAUAUAUAAUAUAUAGAAGUUUUACUUCUGUUGCAAGGAACUAGAAUAAUAAUAACAUUCAAGAAGUCAAGUAAGUUGAAAUGUUUGUAUUUGGUUACUGCUGAGUGUUUGGUUGCCUUUUGCUACUGACUUGCAUUAGCAUAGUUAAUUUCAUUGUUUUGUAUUCCUUACUGUAUUUAAUAUGUAGAAACUUAAGGAAAAGAAUAAAAUAACUUUAAGAAUAUA